CAACCUUUGAUCUUUGAAAAAUAGACUACUGUCAAAAGACGAAAUAAGGUUAUGUUUAUAUUUUUCUAUAAAAUAUUUAAUUUAAAUUAAGAUUCGUAGACGGUAAAUCCAAAAAAUUGUGACCAAUAGGAAAUAAUGAGUGAUUCGGAUUCGGACGAAGAUAAUGUUAUUCGCUAUGGAACACCGCUUGAACCAUAUGAAGAAGAUGAAGUGCCAGCAAAAAGAAAAUUCCAACAGCCAGCAGAUCAAUAUGCGGUGGAUGCACACGGACGAAGAAGGUUCCAUGGUGCGUUCACUGGAGGGUUCUCUGCUGGCUUUGGGAACACAGUUGGAACACCAGAAGGAUGGGCACCGGCCAGUUUUAAAAGUUCUCGUUCCGAAAAGGCGACAAUUUCUAGUCAACGACCAGAGGAUUUUAUGGAUGAUGAGGAUCGCGAUGAAUUUGGUAUAGCACCGCGACAAUUGGAGACUCAAAAAGAGUUCUCAGGUCAGAAGAGACAACGGCGUCAGUUUUUCGAUGGACCUAUACCAGGUGAACCGGUUUUAGAACAAUUAAUCCGUCCAGUACAUGAUACAGCAGCUGUCAGGAUGCUGCGAGCUAUGGGCUGGCGGGAAGGUCAGGGUACGGGAGAGAGACUCGCUAAGGCAGAGAAGAAGAAAGCUAAAGAACAGCAUAAGGUGUAUGGAUGUUACAUGCCACCGGAUAUGAGGAAUGAGAAUCCAUCCCAAGACGAAGAUAGUUCUGAUUCAGAAAUAGAUUAUGACACAUUAUUCGCUCCGGACGAUUAUGAGCCUUAUAUUCUGCAGCGUAAAAACGAUCGCUUCGGCCUUGGAUAUAGUGGAUUAAGCAGACAUUCUGUUCUUGGUAAUUUAGUAGGAGAAUAUGGAGAUGCUGGUACAUCGAGAAGUCAUCUUUCUAUGAAAGAGAAAGGAAAAAAGGUAUCUAUACGCGGUCAGGCGUUCGGUGUUGGCGCCUUCGAAGUGGACGACGACGAUAUCUACGCGAGUGCGGACAUGUCGCAUUAUGACUUCGCAUUAAGCGGCCCGGAGAAAGAUAUACCUAAGAAAACUAAUACAAAGAAUAAUAAUGUGUUAGCAGGGUUCAUAAAAUCGAGUGUCCCCCUCCCUGGCGUGCCGUCGUACCCUGCCCCCGCGCUGCCUCGUGACUACACGCCCGCGCCCGCCGGCGCAAGGAGGACCAGGUUCGAACCGACAACACAUGCGCCCAGAGAUCAAGGAUUAGGUCGCCAUGAAUUAACAGCGGAAGCGAGAGGCGCUUUACUGGGGGAAACUCCCGUACCAAAGAUACCAGAAACAAUAAUACCAGAGACAACAAACGUAUCAGAGACAAGUGAUCCAAUCACUAAAAUAGCCGGUAGAAAUGUCAACUUUAUUUCUACCACGGAAAAUAAAACGGAAUUAGAUUUUAUUUCUAUAAAAGAUUCCGGUAAAGAUAUACAAAAAGUUUUCAAACCGUUCGUCGGUGAUCCUUCAAAACAGGCAAGAUAUGAAAAAUAUUUGAAAAAUAGAGAUACUGUGGUAGAAAGAGAUAGCACUAAUGAUAGAUUAUGUGAGUGGGAAAGAGACAGAGAGUUGGCCGAGUUCGAACAAGCAGCAAAAUUAUACAAACCUUUGACUGGGAUUAUGGAAGAAAGAUUUACACACGCAUCUGAGCCAGAUGACGGAAUAAAUCCUCUUUGCGCUGUCGCUAAGAGUACAAAUAGCUACGGUCUGGCAACACCCGAGCAAAUAGAAGCGGCGAGGAUCGGUGCUUUCGGUACUAUGACCAGGAAAGAAACCCCUUGGAGACCGGAAUCUUUGGUAUGCAAAAGGUUUAAUAUACCAGAACCUGGUACAACAAGAGACGAGCCCAAGAAAGAUGAUAAACCCAAAGUUUCGUAUUCAAUAUUCUCUUAUUUAGAAUCCUCCGUACACGAUAAGGAAAGCUUCACAAAAGAGCAAACAAAAUUCAGCGGCUCAAAAUCACUUAGUAUCGACACUGUGAUAAAACCAAAAGAAAUAACAGCGAAAAAGAUAUAUAUAGAACCGCAAACAUCUAUUAAUACUGGUUUUACUAAAAGAAUGACAGUCGCAGAAUUAUUCUUAAAAGAAUCGGAAAUAGAUUUGAAAAACAACGAAAAAAGUGUCGUCACAGAAACUAUAAAUAAAUUCGAUAAAAUGGAUCUAUACAAAUCGAUAUUUUUAAGCGACAGUGAGAAUGAGGAAGUAAAUGAAUCGAAUACAACAGACGUAAAUGAUUUUAUAGACAAACCUAAAAACGUCGAAAGAAAUACAUCACCGCCUCGUGGUAUUUUCGCUAAUAUUGAUUUCGAUGAACUUAAUUCAUGGAAAAGGAAUACAGAUAAAACAAACGAGACAAAAAUAAACAACGAAACGAAAUCUAAAGAUAAAACCACAGACAAUGAAGAAAUUAAAAACAUUCCAGAAACAAAUGAAGAUGCAAACGUUUAUGGUCCGAAAAUACCAGAUAAUUUGAAAAAACAUAUUGAAGAUAGUGUUAUAAUUGUAAAUGAUUUUAAACCUGUAUAUAGAAAUAAAGAAAAGAGAGAUGAAUCAUCGUCCGAUUCGGACUCUUGGGUCGAAGCGAAAGAAUUGAAAUCAAAAAAGGAUAAGAAAAAGAAAAGCAAAAAACACAAAUCGAAACAUAAAAAGUCUAAACACAAGAAAAAGGAUAGGUAGAUAUUUUUAAACCGAUGAAAAUUGUCAAAAUAAUGUUUUUUUAUGAACUAAUGGGACUUAGGAACCCUUAAAGUAAAUGCUGCCAUAUAAAUAAGAAAAAAAAGCACCUUAGAAAGAGUAACAUAAUUCGACAGAUUAUCCUAAAAUAUUUGCGGUUGUUUACCGGAUAAUGAUUAAGUAUUAGGCAGAGUACUAGAAUGUACUUAAUUCCAUUAAAAUAUCAAAUAAAAAAGAUUUUUGUA